AUGGUCAUCAAAGAGUUGGGAACAUUGAUACGUGGCAUUGUUACACUUGACUUCCUCAAACCUAUAGAGGACAAGGUAUUAUACUCAUUCAGAUCACCGACAUCUGUUGCAAACUGGUCAAUCAUAUCUGAUAAGAAACAAAUAGGUGGAUAUUCAACUGGGUCAUUCGAGUGGAACCCUGAAGGAUACGCAUCGUUCAAGGGUAAUCUAUCAUUAGCACUGCCUCAAGACAAUCCCAAAGUUACAAAGUCUGGUUACGUUGGUGUAUACUCACCUGAGAAGUCAUUUGAGUUCAAUGUUGGCGAUUACAAGUCUAUCAAGAUCAGAGCAUGUACAGAGGGAAAAGCAUAUGGUAUCGGUAUAUUGGAGAAGGGCAACAAUAGAAUGGUUUACAAGUCAAUGUUUACAACAAUCCCCGAUAGAUGGGAGGAGAUGGAGAUACCUUUGACAGACUUUUAUAGGAUUGUCAAGGGUAGUGUAUCAUUGGAUCUAAAUCCAAUGGAGUUGGAAUGUAUUGAUAGGAUUGGAUUCAUACAAAGUGAGCGACAUGAUGGACCAUUCCAUCUAAAGGUGGACUAUAUCAAGCUGAUACCAAAGUUUGACAAACCUUUGGACACAUUCAAUCAACGAAGACAAGCACUAUCUCGCGAUCAAUCGUCAUCAUCAAACAAUGGAAUUGAAUGA